AGUUUGAUCCCAGAUCAAAAUGAUGUUUGUAUUGUACGAGUUGCUCAUUGAAUAGAUAUCUAAAUGUAACUGAAAAACCCAGAUAUGUCGAACACAAGAAAUCCAAAGGACAUUAGAGGCAUGGUGACGGGCAGUGAACGGGUAACUGCGUUUGAUUUGGUCGACGUCCAUUUGGCCGAGAGUAAAAAUAAAAAGGAUAUGGAAGAAAUGAAGGGAAAUCUGGAUAAGCUGAAGAAUUUGUCCGAGGAUGACAAGAAAGAAAAUGCGAUGCUGAGAUCUCGAAUCGACGAACAGAGCCAGCUGAUAAUGAUACUGAAACAGAGAGCUGAUGACGUGCAAGGAAAAUCCUCUACUCUGGAGCGAAUCAACAAAGAAUUGAUGGACUUUAGGGGCAAUGCUCAAGAGAUGCUGAAUGCAGAAAUCAGAAAAAAUUCUCUUCUCGAAAAACGCUUUGAUGAACUUGCAUCAAACCAUCAAGAAAUGAUUAAGAUUAAAGACGAGUAUAAGAGAUCCAAUCAGGAUUUACGACAGGAGAACUCUCGUCUCAGGGAUGAAAAUUCACGCUUGUUUUCUGGUGCAAUAGUUGAAAAAGAUCAGCAUAUUUCUGACUUGGAGAAAAAGCUUGCCAGUUUAAAAGAACAGACCAGUAGUCAAGAACUUAGACAAAGACAAAUUAUCCAAGAUCUGAAAGUUCGAGAGCAGGAGCUUCAAAAAGAAAUUCAGACAUUGCAGGAGCAAUAUAAAACGGACGUAAAAAACCUCAACAAUAAAUUACAGGAAACAGAAGAGAGGUUAAAAGGUGCUAAUUACAAGUUACAAAACCAACUAGACGACAAGAAAUCAGCUGAUUUUGAAUCUCAGAGCAGAAUACAGGCCCUAACCAAAGAGAAAGAUGAACUGUUGGACCUCGCAAUGCAGAGAGGCAAAAUCAUACAGAAAGAACAAUCGGAAAACAAGAAACUACAGAAGAAAAUUGAGGAGACGGAGAGAUCUAUUAGGAGCCUGGAGGAGAAGUUUGAAAGGGAGGCAGCUACAGUAAACGCCAACCUACAGGUGCGGAAGUUACGUGACGAGCUGAGCUCUGCAGAGACUCGUUGUAAAGAAGCCAUUAGGGAUUUUGAGGCUUUUAAGAAAUACUCCAACACGCUGCUGCAAAAAGAGAAAGAAAUCAAUGAGAGACUCAGGCAUCUGGCAGAGUAAUCUCCCUCAGUAAAGUCACUUCCUGUUGUAAAGACACAGUGGUGUCCUUUAGUUAGACCUUUUCCUGUCAGGAUCAGGGAGAGUAGUCUCCCUUUGUGAUAUCACUUCCUGGUAGGGAUGUGUCAUUAAGGGAAAUUAAUUGUCUAGCUAUUUUUGAAGAGUGAAUUACUGGCUGAGUGUACAUUACAUUCAAUUUAAUCGAAAUACAACUUACUCUGGUUAUAAAAUUGCCCCAUUUAAGGUGAUAAGACCAUAGAUUGUAAGAUUAUGCAAAAAAUUUAUAAAGUUGGAAGUUUUAAAGUACAUUAAUA